AUGAGGGAAACGGAAAUUAAGGGGUCUCUCCCCUUUUUGUGGGUUGGAUCUUGUACUUAUGGAACUGUCACAUCUGACCAUUUUGAUUCUCUUCUGAUCAUCACCACCACCUGGUUAAAAAGCAAGCAACUUGGUGAUCUGAAUUUUGUCCCUUUCUCCUCUUCUCUGCUCUCUCCUUCUUUCACCGUUUUGGGCGGGGCUAGAAACAUGAUCAUGGAUUGA